ACGUCAAAUUCAAGAUGGAUGGAAUCACGGCGGCUGCGGCGCGCGCGGGCUGAGCGGGAGCGGGACGGGCCCCGGGCCCCGCCUCCUGCCGAGGGGUCGAUAAACCCAAACAAUGGAGGGACUUCUGCACUAUAUAAACCCAGCACAUGCCAUUUCUCUGCUAAGUGCACUAAAUGAGGAACGUCUCAAAGGACAACUGUGCGAUGUUCUUCUAAUAGUGGGAGAUCAAAAAUUUCGAGCUCAUAAAAAUGUCUUGGCUGCCAGCAGUGAAUACUUUCAGACUUUAUUCACAGACAAGGAGAAUGCAACCCAGUCAGUGUUUCAGCUUGAUUUCUGUGAACCAGAUGCGUUUGACAAUGUGUUAAAUUACAUUUAUUCUUCAUCUUUAUUUGUUGAGAAAAGCAGCCUUGCUGCUGUCCAAGAACUGGGUUAUAGCCUAGGUAUUUCCUUUCUCACUAACAUUGUUUCCAAGACACCUCAAGCCCCCUUUCCAACCUGCCCUAGUAAAAAAAUAGCAUUUCAAGAAGAGGAUGAAGGCAGCUCUCAGAAGAGAAGUGUCAUUGUUUGUCAAAGCAGAAGUGAAGCACAAGGGAAGAAUGUCAGUCAAGCCCAACAUGACCUAAGCCAUACCCUAAAGCUUCCACCCUGCAUUGCCGUCAAGACUAAUGCUAGCAGAUCCCUCAUGACCAAACCCAGCGAGCCACUUCACACUGCGGCAGUCAGCGAAAGAAGGUGGCCAAAGGAAAGUUCCGUCAGCUACGGCAACCUUUCCGACCCUCCUGCGUCCCUGGAUGAUCCGCACCGAAGUGGGUUGGGGAAGAGAAAUGCAGUCUUGCCUUCGAAGCCUCUACAGGACAGAGAAACUGCAGACGAUAAACCUGGUGGAAGUGGCCAGCUCCCCAGAGGGAAACCUGUGGAGCUGUCCUCCAAGAGGUCCCGGCCACCUGUUCUGGCUCUCCGUGGCUCGGCCGAGGCCCCAUAUGUGCUGCGAGAAGUGGGCAAAGGGAACGAUCAAGGAGAAAACAGAAACUUGUUGUACUACUCCAAAUUAGGACUGGUGAUCCCAUCUAGUGGGUCCGGUCCCGGAAGCCAAAGUAUCGACCGGAGCGGGCCACUUGUCAAAAGCCUCCUCCGAAGGUCGUUGUCGAUGGACAGCCAGGUCCCUGUGUAUUCACCUUCAGCCGAUCUGAAGUCGGUGCCGGGUUCGUCUUCGGGGACAGGCGACUCACUGGGGAACCCAUUUAGCGUGGCGUCCCACAAGCCGUCGGCCAAAGAUCCUGCAGAGAAAACCGCACCCGAUGACAAGGCCCAGGUGGUCCACCCCCAUCGCCUUAGGUCCUUUAGUGCCUCUCAGUCGACAGACAGGGAGGGAGCGUCUCCCGUCACCGAGGUCCGAAUAAAAACCGAGCCGAGCAGCCCGCUCCCCGACCCUUCGGAAAUCAUCAGAGUCACGGUGGGGGAUGCUUCGGCGUCAGCCAAUAAAGACUGUUCUUUUAAAACAGAAGAUGAUCACAGGGAUAUCAGUAGACUUCCAGCCAAGAGGCGCUUUCAAGCGGACAGGAGGUUGCCGUUAAAAAAACUGAAGGUGAGCGAGCAGGGUUCUCCCGGAUCGGAGGAUAAUUUCGAAGAAGGAUCCAGCCCUUCUCACCUUGAUGCCGACUUCCCGGAUUCUGACGUCAGUAAAGACGAAUACAGUGAGCUGGAAGAAACCAGGCCAAACAAGAAAUUUAAAUGCAAACAUUGCCUUAAGAUCUUCAGAUCCACCGCCGGUCUUCACCGUCACGUCAACAUGUACCACAAUCCAGAGAAGCCCUACGCGUGUGAUAUUUGCCACAAGAGAUUUCACACAAACUUCAAGGUGUGGACCCAUUGCCAGACACAACACGGGAUUGUGAAGAACCCGUCACCAGCCUCCAGCUCCCACGCGAUCUUGGAUGAGAAAUUCCAGAGAAAACUGAUCGAUAUCGUGAGAGAGCGAGAGAUCAAAAAAGCUCUGAUCAUAAAGCUAAGGCGGGGCAAGCAGGGCUUUCAGGGACAGUCCAGCUCACAAGCACAGCAAGUCAUCAAAAGGAACUUGAGAUCCAGAACCAAAGGAGCCUACAUUUGUACUUACUGUGGGAAAGCUUAUCGUUUCCUCUCCCAGUUUAAGCAGCACAUAAAAAUGCACCCUGGAGAAAAGCCAAUCGCCGUAAAUAAAGUGGCGAAGCAGAAAGAGCACGUCCGCCUUGAAAAUCCAGUUGAGAGCAAGGAGGUUUACCAGUGCCGCCUCUGCAGCGCUAAGCUGUCCUCUCUCGUAGAACAGGGGAAUCACGAGCGACUCUGCCGAAAUGCAACCGUCUGUCCUUACUGUAGCCUUAGGUUUUUUUCCCCAGAGCUGAAGCAUGAACAUGAAAGUAAGUGCGAGUACAAGAAGCUGACUUGCCUUGAGUGUAUGCGUACUUUCAAAUCUUCCUUCAGCAUCUGGCGUCAUCAGGUCGAAGUCCAUAAUCAGAACACCAUGUCGGCCGCCGAAAAUUUCCCCUUACCCGUCCUUGACCACAAUGGUGAAGUCCCCGGCGCUUCAAGGCUGCAGUCCCAGUCGGAGCCUAAUAAAAUCAAUCAUCUUGCCACCGCAAAAGAAGACGGGGUAUUCAGCGAUUCUUCAGAACAGAUCAAUUUCGAUUCAGAGGAUUCCUCGUGUCUCCCGGAAGACCUGAGCAUCUCCAAGCAAUUCAAAAUUCAAAUCAAAGAGGAACCCGCAGACGAUAUCGAGGACGAGGGGGCCAAAACCAGCGCCGCCCCCAAGGAAGCCGUCCCCAACAAGGACACUGGGUUGUGGCCCUGUGAAAAGUGUGGGAAAAUGUUUACCGUGCACAAGCAGCUAGAGCGGCACCAGGAGCUCCUGUGCUCCGUGAAGCCGUUCAUCUGUCACGUGUGUAACAAAGCUUUUCGCACCAACUUUCGUCUCUGGAGCCAUUUCCAGUCCCACAUGUCUCAGGCUACGGAAGAGCCUGUGCAGAAAGAACCCGAGGUGUGUCCCCCCGCUAACUCACCAUCUCCGCCACCUCUGCCUCCGCCUCCGCCGUUGCCCAAAAUUCAACCCCUGGAGCCCGACAGCCCCACUGGGAUGAGCGAGGGUCCAACUACUACUGAGAAAUUAUUCGUCCCCCAAGAGUCAGACACCCUCUUUUACCACGCUCCUCCCCUUUCGGCCAUCACAUUUAAAAGGCAGUAUAUGUGUAAACUUUGUCACAGGACAUUCAAGACUGCAUUUAGCCUUUGGAGUCACGAGCAGACGCACAAUUAAAAGAGCCAGGCACCUUCUCCCUGCUGUCGAAGAAUUGGAGAGGCCGUUUCCAAGAUAUUUCAGAAGUUUUGUGCUGUGGGUUGCAAAAUGGGUGUGGCUGGCAAUAUGGGAAUAUACUGAGUAAAAACGAUGCGGUCUAUUGCAAAUGAUACGUAACUAUGGUCCUCCGUUUUGGUAUUCCAGUUAGGCUUUAAGGUGGAGUGGGGGGGAAUAAAA